CCCUCAGCCCGCAAACCCUCGAAGGAGAUCAGAGCUCCUCACUCUCCGCCGAUGACGUUCAAGCGCAGGAAUGGCGGUCGUAACAAGCACGGCCGCGGCCAUGUCAACUUCAUCCGCUGCUCCAACUGCGGCAAGUGCUGCCCUAAGGACAAGGCGAUCAAGAGAUUUUUGGUGAGGAAUAUCGUUGAGCAAGCUGCAGUUAGGGAUGUGCAGGAAGCCUGUGUUUAUGAUGGUUAUACUCUUCCGAAGCUGUAUGCCAAGAUGCAGUACUGUGUUUCUUGCGCGAUUCACUCUCAUGUGGUUAGGGUUAGGUCUCGCACUGAUAGGAGGAACCGUGAGCCUCCACAGCGCUUCAGGCGCAGGGAUGACGCACCUAGACCUGGACAAGGGCCUCGCCCAGGUGUCACUGCAAGUGCACCUCCUGCUCGCCAAUGAUGUUGGGUUGUGUUCCCCUUUGUUUGGCGGUGAUCAUGGUUGUCUGCUUGGGAUGAUCAGCUUGUUCAGUUAGUUGUGUUCUGUCGUGGCUUGCUUUGGAGGGAACUUUUAUUUGAAAUUAAUUUAAAAUUUAUUUCAAUUAUUGUUUAUUUGAAAUAAUACAUAUAUAUAUCUUUAUUUAUAUUUAUUUUGAAUUUAUUUAAACAAGUAUAUUUAAUAUUCUGAGUAUAAAUUACAUGUAUCUUUAAAUGUUG